AUAUUAAUUUCAUACGGAUCACUACUUCUGUAAAGAUAUCAUUAUUUUUGACUCUGUGCCUUUUUAUACAUAAUAUUUUUCAACUUUGUCAGUCGACUCCGAGAUAUUCACUAUAGACUGUAUUGUUGCGUCAUUACAGUUUAAAAUAAGAAACAUAUGCAAAUCAUCCUCCUACACAAAACGAUGUCUUUAAUCACAUGCCUCUCAGUAUAACCAAAUUUUUUUCAAAAAUUGCAACUAAUAGUAUUGACGAAUGAUGAAACGAAUGCGAAAACCUUUGUUCUUCUUCGUACCGCGUUAGUAAUGAAUUUAAGACGCUCUUUUCGAUGUACGGGACACAGAAAUAAAAUACAACAAAGGAAGCUACAUAUCAAAUGAACCAGCUCAAGCAGAGACAAUUAAAAGUUCGUUACUGAUUCUGAAAUGCAUUCUAAGAAAAGACGUCGUAUCUGCUUAUAGCUACUUAAUAGCUGCAACAAAAAUAAAACGAACUGAUAUCAGAUGUAAAUGAACAUCUUUGCUCCUUCGUAGAUGUAAGAAAAUUGCAUCCCGCAAAAAAUUGCCUGUACAUUUUAACAGAAUUAGCGAACCGCUCGUGAUCGUAUUACUCAUAGAUGCCAAAAUAAGCAGUCGCGAUGCUCCGAGCUAUCUGCAUAACGAAGUAAACAGCUUCCAUACUCGUACGAAAUAAAGAAGCUCAUUAUGCUAAACGUUCUCAUAUGCUUAUUCCUGAUGUUUUAUUAGCGCAGGGAUCGCGUUUCAACGAGCAUUAUGCUUGUGAUGCUAAUAAAUUCGACCAUGAAUUAAAAAUUUCGUAAUGAGGCAGAACCGCACGGAAAGAGAAAUUCGCUGUUAUUAUGUACUUUUUAUUCAUGGACUAUUAGAAUCGUACGAUGAGAGAUGGUGGGGGGUCGAAGCUCGUGCAGAGCUUCAGUCUGUUACGAGAGAGCGACGGGGUUGUUUUAGAUGUCCAAGAAAUCAGGUACGUCAGUCCACGAUCGCAAAAUUUAUAUGCACGAAUUUUCGAGUUUCAAAUAGAAUAUAUAAAAUCAUAACGUAUGACAACGUGUCACGCAGGUUUCGAUGUUGCCGUCGGUCCAAGUAGAGCAUUUCUUUGCUUCGUGGGUGUUUGGCCGAAUCCCGAGGGAUCGGAGACUACGUUUGAGACAAUCCAAUGCAUCAUCGUAACGCUCACGAUGAUCAUUUUUGCGAACAUCGCUCAAACCGUGAAGGUUUUCAUGGUCUGGGGUAACUUGAACUCCGUCAUCGAGAUCCUGACGACAGCUGACAUGCCAAUCUUCGUUGCUCUGAUGAAGUUCCUCGUAGCCUGGUACAACAGAAAAGUGUUAAAGGGUUUGGUGAUUUUGAUGAUGGAGGACUGGAGUCGCAGCUACUCAUCGAGUAACCUCGACUCCAUGUGGCGGACAGCGCGAUUCAGUCGCAAGCUAUCGGCGGUCUGCAUAGGCUUAGCUCAAGGAACGAUAACUGCUCAGUUCAUUAUGGUCGUGGUUUUCGACGUCAACAACAAAGGCGAGGCUGAGCGAACCCUUUACAUGAUCUCGUACUUUCCCUACGAUACCCAAGUCUCGCCCAACUACGAGAUCACAUGGCUGGGACAGUGCUUCUCCAAUAUUUUUGCGGCUGGGGCUUUCUCAGCUGUGGAUGCUUUCUUCGCGGUGCUGGUGCUGCAUCUAUGUUGCCAACUGAGUAUUCUGCGGAAAGAACUGGUGAUGCUGGCGGAUCAUCACAAGAAACAAGGAGAUAACAGCGAGGAAUUUUCGAGGAAGUUGGCUAGAAUUGUAGAGAAACACGAGUACUUUAAUAGUUUUGCGAAGACUAUUGAAGAUUCUUUUAACACGAUGUUCUUGUCACAGAUGAUUGCGUCAUCGCUUGCAUUGUGCUUACAAGGGUAUCAAUUAGUUAUGAUAAUCACGAAUACCGAAGGGAAAUUACCCGUCUUUCAAUUGAUCCACAUGAUUUACUUCACAUGUUGUUUUUCAUUCAGUCUAUUCGUGUACUGCUACGUUGCCGAGGAACUCCGAUUCGAAAGUACAGAACUAGAUUACGCAGCUUACGAUAGUGAUUGGUACAAUUUGCCUCCAAAGGAUACAAAGCUUUUGCUACUACUAAUGCAUCGAUCACGGAAGCCUCUAGAAAUUACGGCUGGUAAAUUCUGCGCCUUUUCUUUAAGACUCUAUUGCAGCAUAUUAAAAACAUCAGGUGGAUACUUAUCAAUGCUUCUAGCUGUGAAAGAUCGGCUAGUAGUAGAAGCUGACUAGUUCUUGAAAACUUAUAUUUUUCAAAGAUACUGUACCAUAAAAAUGAAAUCGUUAUUUUUGAUAAUAAAUCGAGUCAGUAAAAAAUUAUAGACUAAAUUUAAUAAAU